AUGUCGUCAAUCUCCGGCGGCCACGUCCUGGGCGGAUUGAAGCUGGACAAGCUCGUCACGCCUGAGCGUCUCGAGAAGCAUCGGGUACCCGAGCGCCUUGCUGCCGAGCAACCCGCGACAUCCGCUCUUGCACCCUUACUCGACGAGGCGCCGAAGGAGGGGUCGUGGAGGAGGCUGGGGGCGAUCCUCGAGGAGAGCUGCAAGGAGACGGAUGAAGGCAUCGCGGUGCACUCGGCGGGGCAGGAAAUCGAUGGGAGUUCGGGAGAUGCGAGGAAAGAGGAGAUUCAGACGGGCGAGAAGUCGCUCCGCAAGCUCAAGAUCAAGAAGAAGGCGCCAGGCGGUCCUCCUCCGCCGCCGCCGCCUCCUCCUCCGGCCUGGCACGAUGCGGGUCCCUCGUCCUCCUCCACGGUCACACUGCCGCAUCAGGCGUCUCGCGCGCGCCCUUCGACUACCGCGCCGUCCGUCACUCCUUUCGGCCAGCCUCAACCGCCUUUCGCUCAGUUCCCUUGCCCCGGACCACCGCAGCCGCAACCCACGCCAUACGGCUACACUCCCGCUCCACUCGCUUCGUUCGGUGGUACUCAGCCGUACUUCUCGACGUUUGCACCACCGCCCUUCCAGAACAAUCAGCACGGAGCGAACCAAGUUCCUCUCGGCAUCGGCAGGUCGGGUCAAGGAGGCGGAUGGCUUCAGGCGGGCGGUCGCGGAGGACAGGGAACGUGGCAGGGAGCUCCAGGCGGUUCUGCGGGACCCUCGAUGCCUACCGGCGCCCGCUCCGUCCAGACAUUCGACUCGGCCUACAUCGACAGCAUCUUGAACAACGAGAUCGAUUACGAGGAGAUGUCGAGCUUCAUCAAGUCCGCUUCGACCACCGACGCCGAAGGAAUCGCUCAAGUCGUUGCGCCGAAAGCCUUGGAACUUGCUACUCACGGGCCCGGCUUCUUCCUCCUCCUCGACCUUUUCGACAAGAACAGCAAGAAGAUAGACGAGUCUCUUGCCCUCGCGCUUGGCGGGCACUGCGUCGACCUGCUCAAAAGCGAGAGGGGAGAACGCUCUGUGCGCCAUCUGCUGAGGAGCCGGAACCUGUCAUCGAAGAUUGCCGCUUCCCUUCGCCGCGAGCUGUUCGAGGAGUUGGACACGCUUGCUGAGUCGUUCGAGGCAAACAAGCUGCUCCGGCUCGCCAUCCACCGCGCCGAGCGUCAAGAGCUGUUUGACGUCUUUGAGCGCAUUGCGAAUUUCUUCAAGGGUUCAGCGAUGUCCGACGUCCUGAAGCACGAGGACUUUGCCGAACUGCUCAACGCCAGUUUCGACCGCUUGCUCGAGCUCGACAAGGAUGAGGGAACGGAGAACGGCGGGCGCACCGACACUGUCCGUGCAUUGGCGACGUCAAUCCUCUCUGCGAGCGAGACUUGGAAGGACAACGGCCCAGCUUUGCACCUCGUCAAGCACGUCAUCCAAACAUCGACGGUCGAGCAGCUUCACGUCGUCACGAAGUUCUUUGAUGGUCGCAUCCGAACCUACGCCUGCACUUCCAGCCCCCGCAAGCACGCGCUCGAGGCCCAUAUCCUUUGCUGCAGCGCAGACGACGUGGAGAUGAUGAUCGAAGAAGUGCUUGAGACGACGGAGGAUAGGCGGGAGAAGCUGCGGGUGAUGUUGGAGGACGAGAACGAUGUGUGGGUCGUUCGUGCCUUCCUCGUCGCCGGCUCGCAUCGAAACGGACCAAACUAUCAGCAGCUUGUCGAGCGCACUCGCUACCUCCUCCCUCGCGUCCAGACGACCUCGCUCGCGGAGAAGCGUCUCAGAGCCUGGGCGUAG